CCAUAAAUGAAAGCUAUGUAGAAAGCACUCAGGCACCACUUUUAAUUUUGUAGGAGUUUGCUUUGCUCUUUUUCUCUGCCAAACUAGUUAAUUAGGAGACUCAUUGUGGAGCAAUAAUUACAAGAAAAUGCCAUGCUCUGAAGAAACUCUCUUCUGGUUGUUCUACAAUGUCUCAAGCUCUUCCCUUCUCCUCCUCCUCUUCGUCUACUUCUCCUCCACUUUGCUGCUCAAGCUCCUCAACUUCAUUGGUAGCUACCCAAUAAUCCUAAGAAAUCAAAAUGGGUAUGAGUAUAAUUUCUCUGACGAGGAGGAAGAAGUAGAUACUGAAACGUACUACUACACCGAUCCUAGGGAAAAGGAUCACCUUGUGGCUGAUAUAGUUCUUGGUGGUGAAUCGCUUGUGUUUUUGUCUAACACGAGCAUUACUCAAAGAACCCAAAAUCAUGUUCAAGAAUUUGUAAACCAACGACAGUCCCUAAAAGGCGAAGAUAAUGAUGAUGAAACUUCUGCUAGUGAUGAUGAAAAGUUUUCUGUUCUUGCCUCAGCAGGUUCAGAAUCCAAAUAUGAUGAUGCUGAUCCUGUGGUUAAAGAAGAAGAAGAAGAAGACAUGACAACGAGAGAUGCUGAUUCAGUUUUUGAUUCUGCUCCGGAUCAUGGCGGCCCCACCACACCGAUCACCACAUACCGACAGAAAAAUGGUUUGAUGGACAGUGACAAAAACUAUGGUGAAGAUUACAUUAAUCAAGGAAUAGAAAAUAAGAAGAUGGAUACGAAUUUCCAUGGGGAUGAGAAGUUUUUUGUUUUUGCUCCAACCCAGUUCGAGACCAAGAAACUUCAAGUUCAAGAAAAGGAUGAUGAGGAGAUAUUUGGUGACUCAUGCACUGUGGGUUCUACAUCUAAGAGCUCCUCUGAAUGGAGAAGCUCAAUUAAGGAUUCAGGGACUGAAGAUCCAUUUUCUUCUUCUUCAAGAAGAAGUUGCCCCAAGUGGGAAUCCUACACAGUGUUCCAAAAAUAUGAUGAAGAGAUGACGUUCCUAGAUAGAGUUAGUGCUCAAAAGCUUCAUGAAACAGAGUCACUUAAGUCAAUUCAAGUGAACCCAAGAUCAAUUUCAGAUAGGAUUGUUCAUAAGAUUGCAACUAUGAACAAGAAGAAGCCUUCAGAUAUCCGCCAUAACCCGUAUCAUGAACUGGAAGCUGCAUAUGUUGCUCAGAUUUGCUUGACAUGGGAAGCUCUCAAUUGGAACUACAAGAACUUCAAUUCUAAGAGAGCGUCGCAGCGAGAUUUUGAUCGUGGUUGUCCAGGGCAUAUCGCACAGCAGUUUCAGCAAUUCCAAGUUCUUUUACAGCGUUAUGUAGAAAAUGAGCCUUAUGAGCAAGGCAGGAGACCUGAGGUGUAUGCCAGGGUGAGACUUUUGGCUCCAAAGUUACUUCUAGUUCCAGAAUACCGAGAUUCAGAAGAUGAUACAAAUGAGGAAGGUUUUGGCUCUAGAAUUUCAUCAGCUGCAUUUCUCAUGAUAAUGGAAGAUGGAAUCAAAACGUUCAUGGAUUUUCUCAAGCUUGAUAAGCAGAAACCGUGCCAGAUUCUAUCAUCUUUCUUAAGACGAAACCGAAGAGGAUCAGUCGAUCCCGCUCUUCUCCAACUAAUGAAGAAGGUAAACAAAAAGAAGAAAAUGAAGCUUAAAGAUCUUCGCCGGGCUCGAAAAUGCAUAAGGAAAAGAAAAUUGAAGGUAGAGGAAGAGAUGGAAAUAUUGAUGGGAUUAAUAGACUUGAAAGUGGUUUCAAGGGUAUUGAGAAUGAAUGACCUAAGUGAAGAACAAUUGCAUUGGUGUGAAGAGAAGAUGAGCAAAGUGAGAGUUUUGGAUGGGAAACUUCAAAGAGAUUCCUUACCACUUUUCUUCCCAGCACAUUGACCCAAAGACCCGCCAACAUCAUGUUGCUUGAUGACUAGAUUAUGGAUGUGCAUCCUGCACAAAAUUGCAUAUCCUAUAGCCUAGGUAACCCCCUUUUGUAAAUUCUGUAAAAAGAAAAUAAAAUUAUUUAAAUAUGGAGGGUAGGGGACCUACAAAUCAAAGCGAGUACAUGUGGGUGACAUGGAUCUUGGAGGUUUGGGAAUCCAUGGAAGAAGAGUAAAGAAAGAGAUGCAGUUGUGAUGAACAGUGAAAGUGAAAGAGCAGAGACAAAGCAAAGAACAUGCAUGUAGAAUUGGAGAUAGAGACAAGGGUGGCUUUAAUUCUCUUUAAUUAGCUUUUAAGUUAGGGUUUAUCUAUAAGGGAUAUUUUAGCUGAGUCAAAAGAAGAGAAGGGAUGUAAAGCUGUUACGCAUAUGCAGUUGAAUUGAAAAGAUCAGUAGCACAUGACACACACAAAGAGGAUUGUAAGGUUUAUUGUGGGGUUAGAAUAAGAAAAACAUAUGAAUAAAUCAACAUUGAAUUGAUAAUACAUGUUAAUAUAUUUUGUGAAGAGAAAUUCUUGUGGUUGAGCUAUUUGUCAUUAAUUAUUGUAUCUUUGUAUGGAUGACUUUUAGAAAAGCAUUGACUAAUAAAAAGACUACCAUAAUUAUGUUUA